AAUUUAUUGAAAUGAUAUCGCAGAAAAUGGCUUUAGCAAGUAGUCGCUGCUGUGGAUUAUGGAAAUAUCACGCUUUUACUGGCAAUUUUGAUUCAUAUUUUCUUGGAAGCUAAAACAAUGCAUGAAAACGAAGGAAAAGGGGCGGCUUUUCUUCUGUUUCUGGACGUAGAAGCAUGCCUCUGAUGCACCAUAUUUCUGCAUCUUUGAGAUUCAAACCCUUCAAACUCUUCGGAAUUCGUUUCUCCUGUCCUCAAUUGCAUUUCCUAUUGGCCCAGCUGAUACAUGUAGAGGCAACGUCGGAAGAUGAUGUUACUGCGAUUUGUAAUUCAUUUAGAAGAGGUUGGAGUUGGGAUAUCAUAAGCAGAAAGUUUGAUUCUUUUGAAUUGAAUGGUGCAACUGUGGAGAGAGUGCUGAUCGAGUUGAAAGAACCACAUGAUGCCAGAAGUGCAUUGGGCUUUUUUCAUUGGUCAACAAAGAAGAAGAACAUUGAGCAUGGGGUUCGAUCUUACUGUUUAGCAAUCCAUAUUCUGGUCAGAGCCAAAUUGCUCAUGGAUGCUCGAGCACUACUUGAAUCACUUCUGAAGCAAAACAAGGAAAGUUCUUGGGGGUUUUUAAUUGUGGAUUCACUGCUUGACAGCUAUAAGGUUUGUGCUUCUCAUCCUUUGGUGUUUGAUUUGCUAAUACAGGCUUAUGCAAAAUUGAGAAUGUCUGUCAUAGCUUUUGACAUAUGCCUCUAUGUAGAAGAACAUGGGUUCUCUGUCAGUCUCAUAAGUUUCAAUACUUUACUUCAUGUUGUUCAGAAAUCUGAUCAUUGUAGUCUUCUUUGGGAUAUUUAUGAGCAUAUGAUUCAAAAAAGAACUUACCCAAAUGAUGUUACUUUCCGUAUCAUGAUUAAUGCUUUGUGCAAGGAAGGACAAUUGGAGAAAAUUGCAAGGACAUUGGAUCACAUAAUGGGGAAGAGAAGCUAUCCUUCAGUGAUUGUCAAUGCGUACUUAAUUUUCAGGGUUUUAGAAGAGGGAAGAAUUGAAGAAAGCAUGGUAAUGUUGAAGAGACUGUUGCAAAAGAACAUGAUUGCUGAUUCAGUUGCUUACUCUUUAACUGUUUACACCAAAGUUAAGAUGGGAGAUUUGGAUUCAGCAUGGCAGGCAUAUGAAGAGAUGAUCACCAGAGGUUUCCAAGCAAAUAGUUUCCUUUACACAUCAUUCAUAGGCGCGUACUGUGAAGAGGGCAGAAUUGAAGAAGCAGAAAUUUUAGUCCAAGUUAUGGAAAAAGUAGGCUUGAAGCCAUAUGGUGAGACUUUUGAUCAUCUUAUCAAGGGAUGCGCUGGAACAGGGUGGUUGGAUAAGUGCUUGAGUAACUAUAAGCAAAUGUUGAGAGCUGGGCUUAUUCCCAGUUGUUUGGCAUUCAAUAAGAUGGUAGAAAAGCUCUGUGAAAGAGGGGAUGUGGCACAGGCGAAUGCCAUGUUGACAACCUUGUUAGAUAAAGGGUUCGUUCCCAGUGAUUUAACAUACUCUCUUUUGAUAGACGGUUAUGCUAAAAAGGAUGAGAUUCAGGAAGCUCUGAAGCUAUAUUAUGAAAUGGAGUACAAAUCUCUGUCUCCUGGAUCAUCUGUUUUCACGUCAUUGAUACUGAGCUUCUGUCGUAAUGGAAAUUUGGAAGCUGCAGAGAAGUAUCUGAGGAUUAUGAAAAGCCGCUCGCUAGCCCCCAGUGCAGCUGCAUAUCAGACACUAAUUGGUAGCUACCGGCAGAAUGGUGAUAGAAAAAGAGCUCUUCACUUUCAAAAUGAAAUGGCUUCUUUUGGAUUGUAAGCGUAGAAAUUGUGCUAAUGCGAACAAGUAGUGCAGUUAAACUUUUUCAGAGCCAAUUACUUCUUACUGUUUUGGACUGAUCACUGAUGUUCCGGACUUCCCUAGGAAAUUAUCAUUUUUAACUUAGAAUUCCUUUGAAAUUGAAA